AUCUGAUCGCGUGUGUCAAAGUUGAGUGAAAAUGAGUGCAAAAAGGGAAGCGAAGCUGGAAGAGUUUUUGAAACAAUAUGAACUAGAAGAUGUUCGGGAUUACCUCGAAAAUGCACAAAUUCAAUAUGGUGACUUAAAAAAUAUUUUAACUGAGGAAGAUUUGAAGGAAGCCGUUCCACCUUUGGGUCCUCGUUUGAGAUUUCGAGAGAAGCUGCUGUCUUGGAGAAAAUCAAUACUUGGACCAGAUGGUGAAUCGCAGUUGCUUCCCACAAACAUAGAAAAAUCAAAGGAGACGCCGCCUAAUUUGUAUUAUAAGGCAAAGCAGGUGCUAGGCAAAGGCUUGGGAACCUUAUUGGCGGAGACCAAUAGAGGGAGAGCUAUUUUGGAUCAAGGAAAAAAACAGAUGUAUUUAAGCCAGAAUAUGAAGAACGAUCUUAUAAGCAUUAUCCUUGAGGAGAUCUUCUCAACAGGGAUAACUAUCAAAUAUUCCGAUUUUAGUCUGUUGCUGGACGAAAUUUGCUGUCACUUACCUGGCGAAGAGAAAUGCAAGGAUUACUACUUCAUUUCCCGAGACGGUAAAAAAAAUCCAUCGGGCAAACUGUAUUCCAAAUACAAAAAUCGAAGAUCAAGGAUCCAGCUAAAUCUAGCACAAAAUGAGUUGUUUGAAAAGUAUGAAGAUUUGGAAAACCAAACCCCUGUAGUCUCAGAAUCGGAUCGUAUCGCACUUUCGCUGAAGCCCUCUCUUAAUAGAGAUGGUAACAAUUGGGACUUAGUGUGUCCAUACAAAAUUAUUUAAAAUUUUAAGUUUUUUUUAAUUUUAGUAAUAACGUUUUUGUUGUUUGCGAAGAAAUUAAUUUACUGAGUUAUGAUAACCACUUUUGUGCAUACCAAGUUGGAAAUAGCACUGAAAAUGUACAUGUAAAAAACAUUCAAGAAUUCAUAUCCCUUCCAAUUCAUGUGUAUACUUUAAAUAAUUCUAAGUCUUAUAUAAGGCUGAAGUAUGUAUGUGUUAUUUCCUUUUUAAGUUUGCAGUAUUAUACUACAAUAAGAAUCAACAAACUCAAUGAUGCGAUACAUUAAAACAAUAAAAUAAAACAAAAAUAAAAUAAAA